UGUUUGCAUCCUCUGCCUCUUAUUUGGAUUUCUUGAAUCAUCCUUAAUCUUACAGAUUGGGCUGAGCAGGAGUUGUGUUUCCUGUUGUUAUGAGAGAAGAGCACAAUGAUCGUAGGUCACUCAGCCUCUCUGGCACUGCUGGUUUCAUUUGCUUUUGGUGUUGCAGAUGCUAUUCGGACUCUAAAAGAUGGACCCAUGAUUGAUGCCGAAGGAAGGGAAUAUAAAUCUGCACCAUUAAGAACUGAUGGAAAAAACAUCAGGGGGCCACAGCUCAAUGACGGAUCCACUGUGCAUGUACAGUGCACAGAAACGUCCAUGAUCAUUGUGGUAAAGCCUGACCUGUAUAAAAACGGACGUCUUGUGUCUCCUGGAGAGCUUUUUUUGGGAGAAGCUGAGCAUUCACAGAGCAGUCAGUGCAGAGCUGUGGCUGCUGGUGACACUGAAUAUGUCAUUGAAGCUGGACUGCAAGACUGUGGCUCCAAAUUAACAAUAUCUGAGGAUUCUGUGAUCUACUCAAACAAGCUGAUAGUCUCACCAGCUGCCAGCUACCAUGGCAUUAUAAGGACGACCCAUGCUGUGGUUCCUGUUUCCUGUCACUAUAAAAGGACACACUUUGUGAGCAGCAAUGCUCAGCAGCCGCCCCUGACGCUCUCUGCUUCUGCAAAGCAUUCAACAGGGAGCUCUACUUUCUCACUGCAGCUGAUGACCGAUGACUGGACGAGCGAGGCGCCCUCCAGUGCUUUCUACCUCGGAGACCUCCUGCACCUCGAGGCCUCCUACACCGGUCCUGGUUCAGGGCAAAGACGACUCUUCAUCGACAGCUGCGUUGCCACUCUGUCACCUGACAGAACAUCAGUCCCCAGAUACUACUUCAUUGAAAACUAUGGGUGCCUCACUGAUGCAAAAGAGGGAGGCUCAGACUCACUGUUCCAACCCAGAACGAAGGCUCACUCGCUUCAGCUGCAGCUUAAUGCUUUCCUGUUUCACCAGGAUUCGAGGAACUCUAUAUUCAUCACUUGCCAGUUGAAAGCUACAUCUGAAAUGUGGGCGAGCAGCCCCAACAACAAGGCCUGCAAUUAUAUACAUUCAAGAUGGAAAAAUGUGGAUGGGAGUGAUAAUGUGUGUCGCUGUUGUGAGAGCACCGGUUACAAAAGAUGUCCUAAAUGGAACAAUAAGGCAAAUCUGAGACGUCCUGAAAAUAUCGUGGCUUGUGGCACUGUAACUCUUGGCCCUUUGAUGGUUUACCCCAGCAAGUAGGCGGAGAAUCUGCACAAUAAACAGAACAUUUCAAUUCUGUCAUUUUAAUUUUCUUGGCAUGGCAACAUUAAAAUCAGUAUGACUUGACAGAGUUAAGUUCUGUGUCUUCAAUAAUUAGAUUACAUGAAACAUACAAUAACAGCAGCUCAGUCUAUUUUAUUGACUUCUAUUAACAUACUUGGCAGUGGUGUUUUUGAGCUACAAGCUAAAAUUAUAUGACACACAUCAAUGUUGGUGUUAAAAUUGAGUGGGUUAAAAAUGGCUCCACACACAACUGCAGGGUACGGUGUAGGUGCACUUUAAAAAUACUAGGAUUUGGGGGUUUUUUUUCCCCCAAAGUGGAAAACCUAUGGUGGCUGUAGGUAUUAUGUCUCCAACAAAAAAUUUGCUGUACAUCAGUAUCGAUUUUGUAUGUUAUUGUAGCAUUAUUAGAAAGAACUGUUUUUAAUGCUAAUGAGUGGUGAACUAUGUGAUACAACUGUCUAAAACUAGGAAAUUAGUUAAAUUAAAUACAGAGAAAUCUUCAAACAUCGCUUUGCUGAUUGUGGCCAAAGAGUCCUACUAAAACCCCCUAAAACUGGCUGCGUACUUGAGACGGUUAUCACAGGGUUUAUUUUGACCUCCGUAACUUUUUUUCAUUUGGGAUC